AUGGCCGCGCCCUCCCACCUCCACCUCCACCUCCACCUCCCGGGCUGCCCUAAAACCCUAGCCCUGCCCCUGCCCCUGCCCCUGCCCUCGCCGCGGGGCUUCUCCGCUCGCCCCGGCCUCCGCUCCCGCUCUCGCCUCCGCCCGGUCGCCGCGCUCGGCCCCGCCGACGCCGGCGACCUGCUCGGCCGCGUUGAGGCGUUCCUCUACACCGUCGCGGACGCCGCCGUCUCCGCGGAGCCCGUCGUGACGGCCGCGGACGGCGGGACCAAGGAGGCCGCCGCCGGGGACUGGCUCUCCGGCAUCACCAACUCCAUGGAGACCGUGCUCAAGGUUCUGAAAGAUGGUCUAUCAGCUCUCCAUGUUCCUUAUUCAUAUGGCUUUGCAAUCAUUCUCCUCACUGUUCUUGUUAAGGCAGCUACAUUUCCUCUAACAAAGAAGCAGGUUGAGUCUGCACUUGCAAUGAGGUCACUGCAACCUCAAGUGAAGGCCAUUCAAGAACGAUAUGCUGGUGAUCAGGAAAGGAUACAACUUGAAACUGCUCGCUUAUACAAGUUAUCUGGUGUUAACCCACUUGCAGGAUGCUUGCCUACCCUUGUGACAAUACCAGUUUGGAUUGGUCUAUACAGAGCUCUCUCAAAUGUAGCUAAUGAGGGACUUCUGACUGAAGGCUUUUUUUGGAUACCUUCUUUGGCUGGUCCUACAACAAUUGCUGCUCGACAAAAUGGCCAGGGAAUAUCCUGGCUUUUUCCUUUUACUGAUGGUCAUCCACCUCUUGGCUGGUCAGACACUUUGGCAUACCUUGUGUUACCAGUUCUUCUUGUCAUUUCACAAUACAUAUCUACUCAAGUAAUGCAGCCACCACAGAGCAAUGAUCCUAACCAACAAGGUGCUCAGGCUGUAACAAAGUUCUUACCAUUGCUAAUUGGUUAUUUUGCUCUUUCAGUGCCUUCUGGACUAGGUCUGUACUGGCUUACAAAUAAUAUCCUCAGUACUGCACAACAAGUGUGGCUUCAAAAGCUUGGAGGUGCAAAAGAUCCUGUCAAAGAAUAUAUUGACAAACUCUCAAGAGAAGAAUCGACUACUGUUCAGAAGAAUGAAUCUACUGUUCAGAGUGAACCUCUCCCUAAACUUAGUAAACCCCAGCCCAGCCAAGAGCCGAAACCAAGUGGGCCACAACGUGGUGAAAGAUUUAGGAAACUAAAGGAGGAAGAAUCAAGGAGAAAAGAGGUUCUGGGACAAGCAAAACAAUCAGAACAGUCAAGUUCUGAAUCUAGCUUCCUAGAUGAAACACAAAAUUCUGAUGCGUCUUCUGGAGACAAAAAAGAUCAACAGGAGUCUCAUGAAAAUGGACCGAUCGUAACUAAUAGCAAUGGUGGAGUCAACCAUAGUAGCAAUGAAAAGGCUCAGCAUUUAUCCUCAGAAAAGGAAGCAACUGACGAUCACUCCUCAGUAAGCAAACCUGUCUCACCGGAUGCCCACAAAUUAACGGACCGAGAGAAUGGAAAUGAUGCAGUAUAG